GAUUUUUAUGUUGUGCAAUAUAUUUUAGAUAACCUAUAUCUCGAUAUGAACGGGAUAAUACAUCAGUGCUCGCAUCCAAACGAUGUUGACGCACAUUUCCGUGUUUCUGAAGAAAAAAUUUUCAUUGGCAUAUUUAAUUAUAUCGAUCAUUUAUUUACAAAAAUAAAGCCAAAAAAACUGUUUUUCAUGGCAGUGGAUGGUGUUGCGCCAAGGGCAAAGAUGAAUCAGCAAAGAUCGCGUAGAUUUAGAACAGCAAAAGACGCCUUAGAAGCCAUUAAAAAAGCACAAGCUCGAGGUGAAGAAUUACCAGAAGAAGAGCCUUUCGACAGUAAUUGCAUUACACCAGGAACGGAGUUUAUGAAAAAACUCUCAAAACAACUUGAAUAUUUUAUUAAUAAGAAAGUGACCGAAGAUGCUAAUUGGCGGGAUAUCCAGAUAGUAUUAUCGGGACACGAGGUUCCGGGAGAAGGGGAGCACAAAAUAAUGGAAUAUAUACGUACAGCUAAAGCACAACCCGAUUAUAAUCCCAAUGUUAGACAUUGUCUAUAUGGAUUGGAUGCCGACUUAAUCAUGCUUGGUCUAGUAAGUCAUGAUCCGCAUUUCGCAUUACUUCGUGAAGAAGUUACUUUCGGACCGAGUAAAAAGAAAAAGAGUGGCCGAGUUGAGGAACAAAAUUUUUACCUUAUGCAUCUUUCUAUUCUUCGGGAGUAUCUCAAUCUCGAAUUUAUUACACUUCAGGAUUCACUACCGUUUGAAUACAAUCUUGAAAGAAUAAUUGAUGAUUUCAUUUUGCUGGCUUUGUUUAUUGGCAAUGAUUUUUUGCCUCAUUUACCAAAUUUGCACAUAGCGGAAGGUGCAUUAGGCUUAAUGUUUCAUGUAUAUAAAAAGAUAUUGCCGGAUGCAGGAGGAUAUAUAAAUGAUGGAGGUCUUUUAGAUAUGAAUCGACUUGAGAUGGUGUUUAAUGAAUUAACUUACUUUGAAAGAGACGUGUUUGAAGAAGAAUAUGUUGAUCUUAAGUGGUUUAAAGGAAAGCAAAGAGCUACUAUAGAAAAAAUGGAAAGAGAGAAAAAGAAUAAAAUACUUGUCAUGACACAGAAACAGCGUGAAAUUUACGAACAAAUCAAGGAAUUUGUUGAUUCUUGUCCCCAGGAACCUCUUCAUUUUCCUGCCGAUUUUAAUGCACGAGACCGCAAAUUCGUUCAUGAGCUCGCUGCUGAAUUGGACUUGAAAGCCGCAGUAGAAUACCAUAAAGAUGAUGAAGGGAAACACAUAUAUGUAGACAUGGAUUCUGAAAAGGAUGAUGAAUCAGAUGACGAGAGAAAUGAAAUGAGAGCUCAAGUGCUAGCCAAGUACGAAAAAGCUGAAGUUGUGGACGAGGAUGACUUAGAAACUAUUGAAGAAAAAGAAAAGAAAAAAUAUGAUGAAAAAUUUUUUGAGUGGAAGAAAGAGUAUUAUAUGAAUAAGAUGCAACUCGAUAUUGAGAAUAGUGAUCAUAUUGAUAAAAUUAUUGGUGCAUAUAUCGAAGGAUUGCAAUGGGUACUUCAUUAUUACUAUAAUGGAGUUGCUUCAUGGGGAUGGUUUUAUCCUUUUCAUUAUUCUCCAAAAAUAUCUGAUCUACACGAUUUGGAUCGAUUUGAUAUCAAAUUUGAGCUUGGCACUCCUUUCAGACCAUUUGAACAAUUGAUGGGUGUCUUACCUGAAGGAAGCAAAAAACUAUUACCUGAGCCAUUCCAGUGGUUAAUGGUGGAUUAUAACUCGCCGAUAAUUGACUUUUAUCCGAAAGAAUUUGAACUUGAUCAAAAUGGCAAAAAACAAGGCUGGGAAGCUGUCGUUAAAAUCCCAUUUAUCGAUGAGAAGAGAUUAAUAGCGGCAUUAAGAACUAGAGCGAGUAGACUUACGGAUGAAGAAACCGCAAGAAAUGAUUUUGGUGAAAGCAUGUUAUUUACAUAUAACUCAUCUAGCAAUACGUACUACGAAUCUCCAUUACCUGGAGUCUUUUCAUCUAUUCGUAGUCGAUGUAAGAUGGAGUCGUAUCAUCUUCCGACACUGGAGGGUCUCAAAUUAGUUAAGGGUCUUUGCGAAGGGGUACAAUUAGGAAUAAAGGCAAUGGCUGGUUUUCCUUCUCUCGAAACAAUACCGCAUACUGGGGCAAUAGCACUUCAUGGAGUCAACGUUUUUAAUUCGGAGAGCAAAAAUGAGACGAUGGUCAUCACAUUGUUAAAUGAAUACGAACAUAAAAAAACUGAGGAAAUCGCUGAGCAAAAACUCGGAUGGCCAUUUUUACAAGAAGGAUUCGUUAGUGCUAUAUCUGAUGAUCUAUUCAGAUACGAGUUAUACCCAUGGCCUAGUGGAGAAAAACGAGUAACCAAAAACCCUCAUAGACCUGAUGUUGUUGAACACUGGAGAAGAAAAGCUGAUAAGCUGGAACGAGACUACAGUAAAAGACAGGGCACAAUUACUGGGACAGUAAAUGUUGUUGUCCACGUUCUAAUGCUAAAAGGUCUCAGACGACUAGACGAUGGCGCCUUAAUAAAAGAAUAUCUUAGCGAAGGAAGCGAAAUUGAUUAUGCGGUUCAAACGACUGUGGAUAGCGUUGAAUUUGAGGAUGCUCGUUUCAAAGAGAAACCUGCUAUUUCAAUCGAAGAUGAAUUUCCGUUGCAUACACAAGUUUUCUUUUUAGGCAGCAUUCAUUAUGGUUGUCCCGCGACAGUUCUCGCUCAUAAGGAUCAACUUAUAGAAAUCAGAAUAUUAAUACCAAGAAGUCCCAGAGGAUACGAACCCGUAUUUGGCAAAGAGAUAGCACAGGACUUUACCAGACGAGUGAGAUAUUUCCCGUCUUUUGUUGUUGCGAAAAAACUCGGCAUAAGCGGAUUGACUUUGAGUAAAUUGACAGCCAGUUUGCAUGUCAUUGGCAAAGUGACUGAACAGAGAUCCAAUUUGGGACUCAAUUUGAAAUUUGAAGCAAAGAAGCAAAAAGUGCUGGGGUAUACUCGAAAGUCCAGAGAUUCUGGAUGGGAGUACAGCGACAAAGCAAUCCAAUUAUUACAAGAGUAUAAGAGAAAAUUCCCGGAAUUUAUUCAGGGGCUUGAAAAUAUGCACAAAGAUGAAAUAUAUCACGCUGAAGAUUUUUAUGAUAAAGAGAUAGCGGUAGAUAAAAUCAAUGAGAUUAAAGAAUGGCUAAAGUCGGUGGAAGUACGAGAUUUUGAGAGGGUCGCUUUGGAAGCCGAGCAGCUAGAUAAGGAGGCAAUUGAUCAAAUUGAAUUAGCUGCAGCAAAUUUAAUGAAAAGAAAGCUAAAAUACAAGCAAGUUCGAAUACAGAAUAUACCUCGACACGCAUUAUUGAAACCUUCCCAUGCAUCAACAAGACUUCAAGAUCAGAAAUUUAGUCUUGGUGAUCGAGUCGUAUUUGUUCAGGAUUCAGGAAGUGUUCCUAUCGCCGCCAAAGGCACUAUCGUAGGAAUAGAAAGGCAUAAUAUAGAUGUCGUUUUCGAUUCUUCAUUUAUGAGUGGCUCUACUCUUGGAGACAGAUGUUCACAAUAUCAUGGAAUGACUGUCCCAGGUUCUGCACUCCUUAAUCUAUCUAAUCCUCAAUAUCAAGAAAUCGACAACCGUGCGAAUCACUCGGUAAGAUCACACACGAAUGCUCCUCAUGGGCACAAUUGGCAACAGACAAGAGGAAAUGGAGGUAGAGGCGGUACAUAUUUAGUGAAUGGAAAUCACCAAAAUGCGAGAUCAAUUAACAUUAUCCCUCGUCCGCGUGCUGGUCAACAAUUUGUACCAUCACCAUCUUACUCGAGAAAUAAUGUUGGAGUGACGACGAAUUACAAUAACAAUAGUAUUGUCAAUGGAGGAGGUGGAGGUGGAGGAAAUAGUUAUAUCUUAAGAUCAAAUAAUGGACGUGGUGGGAGUAAUGCCGUUGCUGGUGGACAUUACAGUAAAGGAGUGCCACAACGUGGUGGAAGAGGACGUUCAGGAAUUAAUACGUAA